CAGCCAUGGCUGCCACUCAGGGUCCCGUGCAGGAUCUCUGCGAGGAAGCCACUUGCCCCAUCUGCCUGGAGUGUUUCAGGGAUCCAGUGAUCAUCCCGGAGUGCGGGCACAACUUCUGCCGAUCCUGCCUGAUCCAGUGCUGGAAGAAAUCCAAGGGAAAGGCUUUCUGCCCUCAGUGCAGAAAAAUCAUUCAGCGCAGGAACCUCAUCCCCAAUCGGCCGCUGGCAAAUGUUGUGGAAAAACUCCGUCUUCAAGGUGAAAAGGAGGCCGAAGGAAAGGGGAGGGUCUGCGAAAAGCACCGGGAGCCCCUGAAGCUCUUCUGCAAGAAGGACGGGAGCCCCAUCUGUGUGGUGUGUCAUGUAUCCAAGAAGCACAAAAGCCACGAGGUGGUUCCUCUGGAGGAGGCGUCCCAGGAGUACAAGGAUCAGAUCAGCAGCUGCCUAGAUAAUGUGAGGAACGAGAGAGAGAAAAUUCUGGAAUUUAAAGCAGAUGCAGAAGAAGAAGGCCAAGACCUGCUUAAGCAAAUGAAAGCAGCGAGGGGAAAGAUGGUGGCUAUUAUCAGGCAAAUGCAGCAGUUUCUGGAAAAACAAAAGAAGCUUCUUCUGGCCCAGAUGGCAGAGGUGGAGAAGGAGAUUGCAAAGAAAAGGAAGGAACACCUGGCCAUACUCUCUGGGGAACUCUCCUCUUUUGAAAGCGCCAUUCAGGAGAUGGAGGAGAAGCUUCAGGAACCAGCGAGUGAACUCCUGCAGGUCAGGCCUGGUCUUGAUGUGAGAGGGUGGAGUGUGCGGCUUCAGACCACAGACAUUUCUUACUGCUUAGUAUUUAUAACUGACCACAGGGCUCUCUGCAGAUAUGGCUCCACUGAUAUCUUUUUCUUUCUUUCCUUCCAGGAUAUCAGAAGCUUCUUGCGGAGGUCUCAGGAGAAGGAGAACUUAGAGGAUCCUCCUGUGGCUUUUCCUCCUGACCUGAAGUGGAGGAUCUGGGACUUCUGCGAUAUAAGUCCCUUCCUGGAGGGAGUCAUGAAGCAGUUCAGAGACACUGUGGAAUAUGGACUUCAGCUGAGAAAAGAAGACGUAACUUUGGAUCCAGACACAGCAAAUCCCCACCUCAUCCUGUCCAAGGAUCGAAAGAGAGCAAGCAGUGAUUUCGAGCCAUCGUCUGAAUUUCCUGGAAAGGAAACACGCCCCUUUGCAGACGCAAACGAGAGAAAACGAAACCAUCUCUCUCUUCCUGGUGAGGCAGCAGCCAUGGCUACUUAUGGGGGUCCCGUGCAGGAUCUCUGCGAGGAAGCCACUUGCUGCAUCUGCCUGGAGUAUUUCAGGGAUCCUGUGAUCAUCCCGGAGUGCGGGCACAACUUCUGCCGAUCCUGCCUGAUCCAGUACUGGGGGGAAUCCGAGGGAGAGGCUUCCUGCCCUCAGUGCAGAAAAAUCAUUCUGCACAGGAAUCUCAUCCCCAAUCGGCCGCUGGCAAAUGUUGUGGAAAGACUUACAGCCGGGAAUUUCCGUCUUCAUGGAGAAAUGGAGGCGGAAGGAAAGGGGAAGAUCUGCGAGAAGCACCAGGAGCCCCUCAAGCUGUUCUGCAAGGAGGACGAAAGCCCCAUCUGUGUCGUGUGUAUUGUAUCCAAGGAGCACAAAAGCCACAAGGCGAUUCUUCUGGAGGAGGCUUUCCAGGAGUACAAGGAUCAGAUCAGCAGCUGCCUGGACAAUUUGAGGAAGGAGAGAAAUAAAAUUCUGGUAUUUAAAGCAGACACAGAAAAGGAAAGCCAAGACCUUCUUAAGCAAAUGGAAGCAGAGAGGGAAAAGAUGGUGGCUGAGAUCAGGCAGAUGCACCAGUUUCUGGAAGAACAAGAGAAGCUUCUUCUGGCCCAGAUGGCAGAAGUGGAGAAGGAGAUUGCAAAGAAAAGGGAGGAGCACCUGGCCAGACUCUCCGGGGAACUCUCCUGUUUUGAACACGCCAUUUGGGAGAUGGAGGAGAAGCUUCAGGAACCAGCCAGUGAACUCCUGCAGGAUAUCAGAAGCUUCUUGCAGAGGUCUCAGGUGAAGGAGGAAUCUCCUGUGGCUUUUCCUCCUGCCCUGAAGUGGAGGAUCUGGGACUUCUGUGAUAUAAAUCCCUUCCUGGAGGCUGUCAUGAAGAAAUUCAGAGACACUAUGGAAUAUGGACUUCAGCUGCGAAAAGAAAACAUAACUUUGGAUCCAAUCACAGCAAAUCCCUGGCUCAUCCUGUCUGAGGAUCGAAAGAGUGUGAGAGAGGGAGAAGUGUGUCAAGACCUGCCAAACAGCCCUAAAAGAUUUGACCAACAUGCCUAUGUGCUGGGAUGUGAGGAGUUCAAGGAAGGCAGACAUUUCUGGGAAGUCGCUGUGGGGAGUGAAGAGAGAUGGGGAGUGGGGGUGGCCAGAGAGUCUGUGAAGAGGAAAGGCGUGUUAAUCCCUGGCCCUAAGGAAGGGAUCUGGCGCAUAGGGAAGUUGGAUGGUCAAUACAGGGUCUCCAACUUAGCUGGGCCCCCUGUUUCCUUGCUGGGUGGGGAGCCCAAAAGGAUCCGAGUGACCCUGAACUUUGAAGGGGGACGGGUGUCCUUUUACGAUGCAGAUACAGCAGUCCUCCUCCACUCAUUCUCAGAAGCCUCCUUCUCUGGAGAGACCCUCAAGCCCAUCUUUUUCGUGAGCGAGGAAGCAAACCUGACACUCUCUUGACAGAGGGUGGAGAUAGACAAGCUUAUAUUCAUCGCCAUCAUGGCACAUUCAGUCUCCUCUUCAGGACUGAGCUGACAAGAACUUGAGAAACCAUAUUUGCCGAACUGUGAUUGGCCAUCCCUUGUGUCAAUGAUGCAACUCUCCCUUCUCUAGCUAGCUUUGUAAAUGAUACUGAUUGACUGGGUCUCCUGUCUGUCCCCAAACUUGCCUGUUCUCUCUCCCUUGGGAAUCAGCUACUUCUGUCAGUCAAGGAGGUGUAUAGGAGGAAAGAAGCAAGAAAAUAAUUUAGGAAACAACAGCUACCCCCCAACACAUUCCUGUUUCAGUGUAGUUCUUUCUCCAACUUCCAAUUCUGACUUAAGAUUUCUAGGGACAAUACCAUCAACUUUUAUGAAUAGAAUCACUUAAAACUUAAAACCAUCCUCAGCCUCAAUCCUGCUCUCAGAUUCCCUUUUCCUCCCCCAAGACCUCCACUGACCAUAGAGAUGGAAGUUCCAAAAUCUCUUUUCUUGCUGCUACUCAGAGAGGCCUAUGUGGCAAUUCAGCAAAAUCUCCAUAUCCAAAGAGACCUGUUUGUUAGUUGAGUACAUUCAGCCCAAAAUUCACAGCGUGAUGGAGGCCUGGAGCCUUUCGUUUGUGAUACAAGGGCAAGAGACUGGGGAAAACUGUUGGAAGGGACUGUGUGAGAUCUCACAAGAGUCUUCAGAGCCCAGAAGGCAAUGGGGGGGGGGAGGCUUUGGCAGUGGGGGGGAAGAGUUUCUACAUUCACCUUGCUUCCCGGCCUCUAGAAAGGUUGCAUAAAGCCUCUCAAGAUCUCUGCCUUGGGACAAGCAUAGAUGGUUGCUUGGGGGCAUUUUGGGGGGGUCUUCCUGAUUUGCACUAUAUUGCCUUCAUAUGCUGACCCCUGUCUCCGAGACGUGUAAAGCUUUGUGGCUUCUUGAAUGAUUUCCCCAGAGAUAAAGUGUUACUCCUUGUGUGUGUCGUCAUGGUCCCUUCGUAUGUUUGGUCAAAAAUGUAUUUGCAGCAUUUGUGAGCAUCCACCCUUUGAGAGAUGGUUAAUGCAGGCCUCUCUUAUUUGGGGCAUGAGUGUGGACACCACUAUGGCUCUGUGUGGAAGACCUCCCUUUGUAUCUGUUAUUUUAAGCUGGAAUUUCCAAGCCAAGUGCAGUACUCUGUGUAUACAUUUCAAUGUCUAUCAUAUUAAGGAGCAUGACAUGAUGUGUGGCUGUAGUUGAUUAGUAUGGAAUCUAGCCUUUAUUGGUUGUGAUCUCCUGAACCUAUAUACAAUAAAGGCAUUAAUGGUUUGCCAGUC